CACAGCGACAGCGGCGGCUGCGGCUGAGUCGGUGGUGGCGGCGGCGGUGGCGGCUGUGAGCUGAGCGGCGAGUUUCCGACUUAAAGCUGAGCUGCGAGGAAAAUGGCGGCGGGCGGAUCAAAAUACUUGCUGAACAGUGGACUCAGAGACCAAUAAAAAUAAACUACUAGUUGAACAUCAUUUGACUGGUUAGCCAGUUGCUGAUAUUCAAGAUGAGUGGAUUAGGAGAAAACUCCUUGGAUCCACUGGCCACUGAUUCACGAAAGCGCAAAUUGCCAUGUGAUACUCCAGGACAAAGUCUUCCCUGCAGUGGUGAAAAGUGGAGACGGGAGCAGGAGAGUAAAUAUAUUGAAGAAUUGGCUGAACUGAUAUCUGCUAAUCUUAGUGAUAUUGACAAUUUCAAUGUCAAACCAGAUAAAUGUGUGAUUUUAAAGGAAACAGUAAGACAGAUCCGUCAAAUAAAAGAGCAAGGAAAAGCUAUUUCCAGUGAUGAUGAUGUUCAGAAAGCUGAUGUAUCUUCUACAGGACAGGGAGUUAUUGAUAAAGACUCAUUAGGACCACUUUUACUUCAGGCAUUGGAUGGUUUCCUGUUUGUAGUGAAUCGAGAUGGAAACAUUGUAUUUGUGUCAGAAAAUGUCACACAGUACCUACAGUAUAAGCAGGAGGACCUGGUUAACACAAGUGUCUACAAUAUCUUGCAUGAAGAGGACAGAAAGGAUUUUCUUAAAAACUUACCAAAAUCUACAGUUAAUGGUGUUUCCUGGACAAAUGAGACCCAGAGACAAAAAAGCCAUACAUUUAAUUGCCGUAUGUUGAUGAAAUCUCCACAUGAUGUUCUGGAAGACAUAAACACCAGUCCUGAAAUGCGCCCGAGAUAUGAAACAAUGCAGUGCUUUGCCUUGUCACAGCCACGAGCUAUGAUGGAGGAAGGAGAAGAUCUGCAAUCCUGUAUGAUCUGUGUGGCACGUCGCAUUACUACAGGAGAAAGAGCAUUUCCAUCAAACCCUGAGAGCUUUAUUACUAGACAUGAUCUUUCAGGAAAGGUUGUCAAUAUAGAUACAAAUUCACUGAGAUCCUCCAUGAGGCCUGGCUUUGAAGAUAUAAUCCGAAGGUGUAUUCAGAGAUUUUUUAGUCUUAAUGAUGGGCAGUCAUGGUCCCAGAAACGUCACUAUCAAGAAGCUUAUAUCCACGGCCACGCAGAAACUCCAGUAUAUCGCUUCUCGUUGGCAGAUGGAACGAUAGUGACUGCACAAACAAAAAGCAAACUCUUCCGAAAUCCUGUAACAAAUGAUCGUCAUGGCUUUGUCUCAACCCACUUUCUUCAGAGAGAACAGAACGGGUAUAGGCCAAACCCAAAUCCUGUUGGACAAGGCAUUAGACCUUCUGUGGCUGGAUGCAACAAUUCGGUAGGCGGCAUGAGUAUGUCGCCAAACCAAGGCUUACAAAUGCUGAACAGCAGGGCCUAUGGCUUGGCAGACCCCAGCACCACAGGGCAGAUGAGUGGAGCUAGGUAUGGGGGUUCCAGUAACAUAGCUUCACUAACCCCUGGGCCAGGCAUGCAGUCACCAUCUUCCUACCAGAGCAACAACUAUGGGCUCAACAUGAGUAGCCCCCCUCAUGGGAGUCCUGGUCUUGGCUCCAAUCAGAAUAUCAUGAUUUCUCCUCGUAAUCGUGGGAGUCCAAAGAUGGCCUCACAUCAGUUUUCUCCUGUUGCAGGUGUGCACUCUCCCAUGGGAUCUUCUGGCAAUACAGGGAGCCACAGCUUUUCCAGCAGCUCUCUCAGUGCCCUGCAAGCUAUCAGUGAGGGUGUGGGAACUUCUCUUUUAUCUACUCUGUCUUCACCAGGUCCCAAAUUGGAUAACUCUCCCAACAUGAAUAUAACCCAACCAAGUAAAGUGAGCAGUCAGGAUUCCAAGAGUCCCCUAGGCUUGUAUUGUGACCAGAAUCCAGUUGAGAGUUCAGUAUGUCAGUCAAAUAGCAGAGAUCAUCUCAAUGACAAAGAAAGCAAGGAGAGCAGUGUUGAAGGGUCAGAGAAUCAAAGAGGUCCUUUGGAAAGCAAAGGUCAUAAAAAGUUACUGCAGUUACUUACCUGUUCUUCUGAUGACCGGGGUCAUUCCUCCUUGACCAACUCCCCCCUGGAUUCAAGUUGUAAAGACUCUUCUAUUAGUGUCACCAGCCCCUCUGGAGUCUCUUCCUCAACAUCUGGAGGAGUGUCCUCCACAUCCAAUAUGCAUGGGUCAUUGUUGCAAGAAAAGCACCGGAUUUUGCACAAGCUACUGCAGAAUGGGAAUUCACCAGCUGAAGUAGCCAAGAUUACUGCAGAAGCCACCGGGAAAGACACCAGCAGUACAACCUCUUGUGGGGAAGGAAAUGUCAAGCAGGAGCAGCUAAGUCCUAAGAAGAAGGAAAAUAAUGCACUUCUUAGAUAUUUGCUGGACAGGGAUGAUCCUAGUGAUACACUUUCUAAAGAACUACAGCCCCAAGUGGAAGGAGUGGAUAAUAAAAUGAGUCAGUGCAGCACCUCCACUAUUCCUAGCUCAAGUCAAGAGAAAGACCCUAAAAUUAAGAAGGAAACAAGUGAAGAGGGAUCUGGAGACUUGGAUAAUCUGGAUGCUAUUCUUGGUGAUCUUACUAGUUCUGACUUUUACAAUAAUUCCAUAUCCACAAAUGGUAGUCAUCUGGGGACCAAGCAACAGAUGUUUCAAGGAAAUUCUCUGGGUUUGAGAAGUCCACAGUCUGUGCAGUCCAUUCGUCCUCCAUAUAACCGAGCAGUGUCUCUAGAUAGCCCUGUUUCGGUUGGCUCAAGUCCUCCAGUAAAGAGUAUCAGUGCUUUCCCCAUGUUACCAAAGCAACCCAUGUUGAGUGGGAAUCCAAGAAUAAUGGAUAGUCAGGAAAAUUAUGGUUCAAAUAUGGGUGGACCAAACAGAAAUGUGACUGUGAAUCAGACUCCUUCUUCAGGAGACUGGGGCUUACCAAACUCAAAGGCCAGCAGAAUGGAACCUAUGAGUGCAAACUCCAUGGGAAGACCAGGAGAUUACAAUGCUUCUUUACCCAGACCUGCAGUGGGUGGCUCUAUGCCCACCUUGCCUCUUCGGUCUAAUAGCAUACCAGGUGCAAGACCAGUGUUGCAGCAGCAGCAACAACAAGGGCAGCAGCAGAUGCUUCAAAUGAGGCCUGGUGAGAUUCCCAUGGGAAUGGGGGUCAAUCCCUAUGGCCAAGCAGCACCUUCUAACCAACCAGGUUCCUGGCCAGAUGGCAUGUUGUCUAUGGAACAGGGCCCUCAUGGGACUCCAAAUAGGCCCCUUCUUAGGAAUUCCCUGGAUGAUCUCCUAGGGCCACCUUCAAACCUGGAAGGACAGAGUGAUGAAAGAGCAUUAUUGGACCAGCUGCACACUCUCUUGAGCAACACAGAUGCUACAGGCCUGGAAGAAAUUGACAGAGCUUUAGGCAUCCCUGAACUUGUAAAUCAGGGACAAGCUUUGGAGCCCAAACAGGAUGUUUUCCAAGGCCAAGAAGCAGCAGUGAUGAUGGAUCAGAAGGCAGCAUUAUAUGGGCGGACAUACCCAGCACAGGGGCCUCCAAUGCAAGGAGGCUUUAAUCUUCAGGGACAAUCACCAUCUUUUAAUUCUAUGAUGAAUCAGAUGAACCAGCAAGGCAAUUUUCCUCUCCAGGGAGUGCACCCUAGGGCUAACAUCAUGAGACCUCGGACAAACACCCCCAAGCAACUUAGGAUGCAGCUUCAGCAGAGGCUGCAGGGCCAGCAGUUUUUGAAUCAGAGCCGGCAGGCACUUGAAAUGAAAAUGGAAAACCCUACUGCUGGCAGUGCUGCGGUGAUGAGGCCCAUGAUGCAGCCCCAGGUGAGCUCCCAGCAGGGAUUUCUUAAUGCCCAGAUGGUUGCCCAGCGCAGCAGAGAGCUGCUAAGUCAUCACUUCCGACAGCAGAGGGUGGCGAUGAUGAUGCAGCAGCAGCAGCAGCAGCAGCAGCAGCAGCAACAGCAGCAGCAGCAGCAGCAGCAGCAGCAGCAGCCCCAGGCCUUCAGCCCCCCCCCUAAUGUGACCGCAUCCCCUAGCAUGGAUGGGGUGUUGGCAGGACCUGUGAUACCACAAGCUCCACCACAGCAGUUUCCAUAUCCACCAAAUUAUGGAAUGGGACAACAACCAGAUCCAGCCUUUGGUCGCGUGUCUAGUCCUCCUAAUGCAAUGAUGUCAUCAAGAAUGGGCCCUUCCCAGAAUCCCAUGAUGCAGCACCCUCAGACUGCACCCAUGUAUCAGUCGGCAGAAAUGAAGGGCUGGCCAUCAGGAAACUUGGUCAGGAAUAGCUCCUUUUCCCAGCAGCAGUUUGCCCACCAAGGGAAUCCUGCAGCGUAUAGUAUGGUGCACAUGAAUGGUAGCAGUGGUCACAUGGGACAGAUGAACGUGAACUCUAUGCCCAUGUCUGGCAUGCCCAUGGGUCCUGAUCAGAAAUACUGCUGACAUCUCUACACCAGGACCUCUAAGGAAAUCACUGUACAAAUGAUACUGCACUAGAAUUUUUGGAAAGUAAAGAAUCAGUGUUCUAGGCAUCCAGCUUUGAAGAAAGGACCAGCUUCAAUCUCUGUCAAGGGUAUUCCAAGUCUUUUGAACAGGACUGGGUUAAGCUGAAGCGCAAUAUCUACCUGUUUUUUCCCCCUCCUUCUGUGUAUCAUGGUGUUCUGAACAGUUGAAAAAUAUUUUUGGUAUUCCACUUCCUAGGAAUGUGAUUUUGGAGAUAUGGAGUGUUACCGAUCACAAAACUCUCCUGUGUCACUUUUUUUCUACCUUACUAGCCAAAGUCUUUCAAAUAAAUGUAGGUGGGCCAGAGAACAUUGAAGAAAUCAAGAGAUUAGAAUGUUUGGUUUCUCUAGUUGGAGUAUUGGACAAAGAACAUAGUCCUACCCUUCAGAUGUUUUUGUCAUGACCAAGUAGUUCUUGACCCUUUGUCUAGUGGAAUUGGCAUUUCUGAGUUCUUGUCUUUUAUUGAUGGUAUUGAGUUGCUCUCUCCCUAUUCUUUGCUGUCCUAAGCUUUCUCCUAAUGGAGGUUUUCACUUGUCCUUAAUAUCCUGUAAUACUUCACCUCCAGGAAUUGUCAUUGAUGUCAAAUGGCUUUGCAGAAGGGAAAAUGAGAUGACAGUAUUUAAUUGCAGCAGUAGCAAAUUUUUCACAUGCUUAUGUGCAGCCGAGUGCACUUUAUUUAAAAAGUAAUGGAUAAAUGCAAUAUUCUUGAGGUCUUGAGGAAUGGUGAAUCACAUUCCUGGUUUUUGUCUACACUAAUCUGUUGGACAAGAACUAUGAUUUUUUUUUUUUUUUAAAGUACACUUGUCACCCUUUGCCUAUAUGGUAGAGCAAUAAUGCUUUUUGAAAAUAAACUUCUGAAAACCCAAGGCCAGGUACUGCAUUCUGAAUCAGAAUUUUGCAGUGUUUCUGUGAAUAAUUUUUUUUGUAAAUAGGACCUUUAAGAUAUUGUAUUAUGUAAAAUAUGUAUAUACCUUUUUUGUAGGUCAUGACAGCUCAUUUUUACAGAGUUUGUGAAGCUAAAUAUUUAACACUGUUGAUUUCAGUAAGCUCAUUGUGGUGAGGCUACAAACAGAAGAGACAUCCCCUGAAUUCCAUGGCCUGGGGGAGGGACAGUGGUCCAUAGCUUUUUCUCCCUCCCAGCCUUAGAUGCCUCACUCUUUUCAAUCUCGUAAUCUAAAUGCUUUUAAAAGAGAUCAUUUGUUUAGAUGUAGGCAUUUAAAAUUUUUUUUUUUAGUUUCUCUAUCAGAACUAAGCACUUUGUUAAUUUGGGGGGAAAGAAUAGAUAAUGGGGAAAUAAACUUUAAAAAACAAAAAAACAAAAAAAGGAUAUGAGGAAUUAAAAAAAAGUCAAGCAGUUUGAUUAAAAAAAAAUCUUUUGGAUUUGAAGCAGUCCGUAAAUUAAAUAGCAGUUUAUGAUUUGUUUUGUUUUGUACUUAAAUUAUGUUGCCUUUUCAUCCAUUUAGGAGUGCUCUAAGAUUUUGGUUGCUAGGACCUGAAUCCACAUUGAGAUCCCAGUAGAGUCCUUGGUGUGUGGUUUCUGGUGUCUGCUCAGCAGUCUUGUGAUUCUGCUAAUGAGAUGUUUUCACUAUGUCCCCAUGAAUUAGAAUAGUGUCAUUGUUCUUAAGGAGCUUGGUACCCAGAACAGCCAAUUUUGCUGUGGUUCAGAGCUACAGCCUGAGCGUGCCUUUGCACCUCCUCCUCCUCCUGUCCAGUGCCACUUUCUGCUGUUACCCCUCCUUGACACCUGUUCUAGACAGUUGGGAGUAGGGGAAAAAAAUCAAAUUUAAUUCCCUUUAUCUGGGUUACAUUAUUAGAUUGAAACAGCUGAAUGAAAUUGGAUUUUUGGAAUAUCUGAAUUUCAAAUGUCUCUGCUAGCCUUGGUGUCAUUUUCUAGCAAAAACUGGGAGUUGUUACUUUUUAAAAAAUUUCACAUUUAGCCAGUCUUUCUAGAUGUCUCUGAAGGUAAAGUCAUUUAAUUUUUUUGACAUGCUUAUGAAUAAGUGAAGCCUGAUAUUUCCAGAACCACCACUAGAGUAGAUUUUAUUUUCCCAACAGUGUGUAGACAAUUUUGAGUUUGCCCCUCUUACUCCACCCUCUUCACACCUGCUCCCCUAGGUUCACAAUAUAUCUAGGAUCGUAAAUCUGUAAACUUCCAUCAUAGUAGUGUGUACUUUUCAGAUAACAUAGUCUGUUUGGAGACAGGCACAGCUGAAUAAGUCUCUGUCUUUUUUGACUCAGUUGUGUCAGGUGUGCCUGAGCCUUCCCUAUUUAAGUUGAGUGUGGGGAGAAACAGAAUGGUGCUCUUACCUUUCUUGACUUUUAAAAAUUAUUAGAAAAACAAAAAAGUAAAGUUUUGUGAUUUUUUCCUCUGUCCUGACUCCAGACUAACUGGAAGGCAGCACCCCUUUUUAUAUGGGAAAAAAAUGAAGUUUUAUUAUUAUAAGUUUUUAUAUUUUCUACUUGUUCCUUUUAUUGGUGCAAACUCAAGAUUUUGAUUUUCUUUUAAUAGAUGCAGUCUUUGAGGUAAUUUGUUGUUUUUACCUUUAUUGGCUUGUUUCCCCCUCUUCUUUUCUUUUUUUGGAUAAUUAUCUUUGUAUUUCCACUGCCUACCUCUCCUCACACUAAUCCAUCCCCCUCUUUUUUGAACUUUGGUAUCUGUUGGGUGAAUAGUAUAAGUAAACUUUUCAUCUGCUUUUAGAAUGUGGGAUAUUUCCAGUACCUACUUUUUUGCUAAAUCCAAAGAUAUAUAAAUAUAAAAAUAUAUAUUUUAUAAAGAUCAAAAUCAUAUAAAGGAGAUACAUGUUUCUUCCUUUAAAAAAUAAAUAGAAGUUGCAUCAUUAAUAUUCAUAUUAUGAUGCCACUUUUCUAAAUUGUGCAUUGGGAUCUAAAGGUGUAAAUAUCAAUACUUAUCUUAGUUUAUCAGUAUUUAAUAUCUAAGGUGAAAUGUGGGAUACUACAGAAGAUAAUUGGCUUGAUGUCUUAGAAGUUUUUUGAUCCAAAGGUAGAUGCAGCUGGAAAAUAAACUGAAUGGAUUGCCAGUUAUUCAUAUGCCUGUCCAGUUCCCUUUUUAUUUGCAGAAGCCAUGAGUUUUGUUCACAAGUAGGAAAUUCAUAGGAGCAGAAUCUCUAGGAUAGAUGAAAUUUUCCCCCUGCUACAAAGGAACAAGGGUUGUUUUCAAAUCUAAGGUAAACUAUUUAAUAAUGAGCAGAGUGUUUUCUUUUUCUUUCCUCCUUUCUCUUUUUCUCCAAUAUUAUAGAAUUUUGAAGAAGGUGGAAAUGUCAUUCUGAGAGCAAUAUUUAAAUUCUCAGGAAUUGACAUAUAGUAUUGAGAAUAAAUUCAGUUUCAAUCAAGUUUACAUUAAGUGUUGCUUAAAAAAAUUAAAUCAUUCUUUACGCUGCAAAGAAUUGAAACCACAUGGGAUGACGUGAGAUGGGGUGGUGAGCUGUGACUGUUUUGCUGACCAUGUUGGAUGUCAUUGUAAAUAAAGGUUUCUAUUUAAAAUUGGAGCCUAAAGAACUUAAAAAAAAAAAAAAUCCCUAUUGGAUUAAGGGUAAAAGAGAAGGUUAAGAAAGUCUAUUUCAAAUAAUGAUAGCAGUUUCUGUGAAGUUAAAAGAAAACCACAACUUUUGCUAGGGAGCCUUGGCCUAUUUGGGGCAUUGAAAAGCAUGACACUGUUUUUACAAAAUGUAGGUGCCUAGGGGCCUUCUCUGUUAUCUGUUAAAUGAGAAAUGGGUUGGACUGGUGGUGGCUGAAGUCCCACCUACUUCCCUGUUCUGGAAUUCUGACAGCUACCUGCACUUGCUUACACCAGUACAUGAAGGGUUGGCUAAGGUGAACUGCUUUGCACUUGAUCAGUAGUUUGGAAAAAUGAAGUCUCAAAGCUGGUGUAAUAUGAGACUUACCUGUGAGGUCUCCUGAAGUAUGGUAAAUUUUGGUCAUUAACCUACAACCAUCUACUCCCAAAAUCCUCUGAACCCAAGGCAUGUCUUCCCAAAAAGGUGUUGACUGGUAGUAUCUUGAAUUCAUUUUUAAAAAACCAAACACACCA